AUGUCAGAAGGAUCUUCUUCUCCAAAAGCCCAAUCUAGACGUGGUUCUUUUGCUCCAAUUGAAUUCACCAAUGAAAUCUCUAAACAAUGUUUAAAACAAGUCGAAUUUUAUUUCUCUGAAUUCAAUUUCCCAUAUGAUAAGUUCUUGCGCACUACUGCUGAGAAAAACGAUGGUUGGGUUCCAAUUACUACCAUUGCCACUUUCAACCGUAUGAAAAAAUACAGACCUGUUGAUAAGGUGGUUGAAGUUUUACGUACAUCAAAGAUUUUGGAAGUCUCUGAAGAUGGCGAAAACGUCAAAAGAACUGCUCCUCUAGAUCUAACCGAUGCAAGAAAUACAAGAAUUGAACAAAAUAAGCGUACUUUGGCCAUUAUGAAUUUCCCAACUGAUGAAGAUGAUAAAUUAACAUUUGCCGAAUUACAAGAUAAAAUUGAAGAAUUCAUUAACAAAGUAGCUGAAGUCAAUCAAGUACGUUUGAGAAGAGCUCAUCGUAAGAAAUUCAACGGUACUGUAUUAGUAGAGUUUAAAUCAGAAGAAGGCUAUAACGACUUUUUGAAAAAUUAUACUGGCGAAGGUGCUGAAAUUUUGUCAUAUGAAAACCGUAAAUUAGAUGUUUUAACUAAAAAGCAAUUCGAUUUACAAAGGGAGGCUACAAAAUCAAAGAACUUUAGUGGCUCCGGCCAAAGAUCCAGAUCCUUCACAGGUCAUAGAAAAAACAUGCCAAAGUUAGAUAAACAAAAAACUGAAGAACAAUCUGACUCCGCUAUUGAACAAGAGUAA